AUUGGCCUAAACUAUCAGCCAACAGCGUUGCGUUUCAAAAGCUGUGAAUUGAAAACAGAGUAUUUUUCAUUCCAACUCCACAUAAAAAAAUUCUUUAACUCUCUUUAUAUAGUGAUACUGAUCAAGAAACCUCCUUCCUCAGAUCACUAAUUUUAAUCAAAAUGGCUAGCAUUCGCGACGAUGAGGCCUACCCGGAUGGAGCAAGAAAAAAUGGACCAGAAAAAGAUGAUCAUGAGAAGAAGGAAGUACUUUCAGUUGAGAUGAUUUUUAAGGACAAGGAGGUUCCGACAUGGAGAAGUCAGCUGACUGUCAGGGCCUUUGUUGUUAGCUUUGUGUUGGGGAUUUUGUUUAGUGUCAUUGUGAUGAAGCUUAAUUUGACUACAGGGAUCAUACCUUCUCUGAACGUCUCCGCGGGGCUGUUGGGAUUUUUCUUUAUUAAGGUAUGGACCGCGUUCUUGGAUAAAUCAGGAUUGUUGAAGGUACCCUUUACCAGGCAGGAAAAUACAGUGAUUCAGACAUGUGUUGUCGCGACAUCUGGUAUUGCUUUCAGUGGAGGAUUUGGAAGCUACCUUUUUGCAAUGAGUGAGACAAUUAGCAAACAGGCAACAGAAGCUAAUGAUUCUCAGAAUACGAAGACUCUGAGUUUGGGAUGGAUCAUUGGUUUUCUGUUCGUAGUUAGUUUCAUAGGCCUCUUCUCGGUUGUGCCUCUUAGGAAGAUUAUGAUCAUAGACUAUAAAUUGAUAUAUCCAAGUGGUACUGCAACUGCUCACCUUAUCAACAGUUUUCACACACCUCAGGGUGCAAAGCUGGCUAAGAAACAAGUCAAGGAAUUAGGCAAGUUCUUAUCCUUCAGCUUCUUGUGGAGUUUCUUUCAGUGGUUCUUUACUGCUGGAAGUGAUUGCGGAUUUGGAAGUUUCCCCUUUUUAGGGCUUAAAGCAUAUGAAAACAGGUUUUACUUCGACUUUUCUGCUACUUAUGUUGGGGUGGGAAUGAUUACUCCGUACAUUAUAAACAUAUCCUUGUUAGUGGGAGCUAUUCUCUCAUGGGGUAUCAUGUGGCCUCUCAUCGAAAAUAGAGAAGGAGACUGGUACAAAUCUGGCCUCCCUUCCAGCAGCCUUCAUGGAAUUCAAGGUUACAGGGUUUUUAUUGCAAUUGCCAUGAUCCUGGGAGAUGGACUUUACAACUUUGCUAAAGUUUUGGGCAAAACUACAACAGGAUUAGUAAAACAACUUAAAAACAAGGAGCCUAGCACAAUUCUCCCCCUCGCGGAUAAAGCCUCCCCUGAAGCAGAAGCUGCUUCCUUUGAUGACCAGCGCAGAACUCAACUAUUUCUCAAGGACCAGAUACCAUCAUGGCUAGCCCUUGGCGGAUAUGUAUCAAUUGCCGCCAUCUCUACAGCAAUCCUUCCUCAAAUUUUCCAUCAGCUCAAAUGGUACCAUGUAUUGGUCAUCUACAUCUUCGCUCCUGUACUAGCUUUUUGCAAUGCAUAUGGAUGUGGACUGACGGACUGGUCACUUGCUUCAAACUAUGGGAAGCUUGCAAUUUUCACAAUCGGGGCAUGGGCAGGGAAAGAUCAAGGUGGAGUUCUUGCAGGUCUUGCUGCUUGUGGGGUGAUGAUGAACAUUGUCUCAACAGCUUCGGACUUAACACAGGAUUUCAAGACAGGGUACAUGACCCUUGCUUCACCAAGGUCCAUGUUCGUCAGCCAAGUCAUUGGAACUGCAAUGGGAUGCGUAAUAUCUCCAUGUGUAUUUUGGCUCUUCUACAAGGCCUUCGACGGUAUAGGGACUAUAACAUCCGACUAUCCAGCACCCAAUGCACUUAUAUACAGAAACAUGGCAAUCUUAGGAGUAGAGGGAUUUUCUUCAUUACCAAAAAAUUGCCUGACAAUCUGCUACAUAGUCUUUUCUGGAGCAAUCAUGAUCAAUGGGGUUCGUGAUUUUGCUCCCAAGAGAUGGGCCAAGUAUGUUCCACUUCCAAUGGCAAUGGCAAUUCCUUUCUAUUUAGGAUCAUACUUUGCUAUUGACAUGUGUGUUGGGAGCUUGAUUCUUUUCGUUUGGGAGAAGAUGGACAAAGUUAAGGCCGAUGCAUUUGGCCCUGCAGUUGCGUCGGGAUUGAUCUGUGGAGAUGGGAUAUGGACGUUGCCAAGCUCAAUACUAGCUUUUGCAGGAGUGAAACCUCCGAUUUGCAUGAAGUUUCUAUCAAGAGGGACAAAUGUGAAGGUUGACAAGUUCUUAAAUUCCUAACUAAUUAUCCCUUCAUUUUGGUACUUCUGGGAACUCAGGUCACUAAGUACCGUUGCAGUUCCAUUUUAGUAUGCAGUUGCAUUUCGAUUUCUUUAAAAUUUCAAUUUGGAUUUCAAGCUUGGUUUUCUCUAUAUCUGAAUUCUGAUAAGCAAGUAUCCUUUGUUGGAAAAAUUAUAAAUGUACAUUGAUUUCUUUUAA